UCUUGGAUUCCAAUUCCAAACAUGGUAUCCGUCUGGGGUCACCCUCCCUCCCGGUGCCAAGAGAGACGCAUUCCAAAUGGAACACAAGUGUGCCUCCAGGCUGGGCUCUCCUCACUCUGGGGACAACGGGCAGCAGGACGGCCCCUUUACCCCUCCUGCCCAAGCGGUCGCCCCGCCGUCCUGUCUCUGCCUCAGGACAAUUCGGGUUUCUGCCCAGAGCCAAAUGCGAGGACCGUCCGGAGAGACCUGCAGCCGGGGACGCGCGCCAGAGCUCCCCGAGAGGGCCGGGGCCUUGCUGCGGGACAGCGGGAGGGGAAGGCAGCCCUGAGAUCCUGCAUGGAGGGUCCCGUGCUCUGCAGGUUACUCCCCAAGCUGCCCGAAGCAUUCCUCUCAGGACAGGCGGCCCUGGGGGCCAGAAGCCGCACGUGACAAGACCCCUGGGAGGACAGAUUAAUCCGGUUUUGCCAGUUUGCUCCGUGGGGACAGCCUCAGGGCCCGGGAGGCUCCGAGCCCCGAGGAUGAGCGCCCACAGCAGCCCCGCGGGCCAGGCUCCGUGGCAGGGCCCCGCGUGCCUUGGCUGGAAGCGGGACCUGGAAGGGGCCGUCUUCCACCUGGCCAACUGCUUCUUGCUCCUGGGCUUCAUGGGGGGCAGCGGGGUGUAUGGAUGCUUCUACCUCUUUGGCUUCCUGGGCACGGGCUACGUGUGCUGCCUGAUGUGGGGCUGGUUUGAUGCCUGCGGCCUGGACAUCGUCCUCUGGAGCUUCCUGCUGGCAGUGGCCUGCGUGCUCCAGCUGGCGCACCUGGCCUACCGCCUGCGCAAGAACACCCUCCCCGAGGAGUUCGAUGUCCUCUACAAGACCCUGUGUCUACCCCUGCAGGUGCCUCUGCAGGUGUACAAGGAGAUUGUUCGCUGCUGCGAGGAGCGGGUCUUGACUCUGGCCACUGAGCAGACGUACGCUGUGGAGGGCGAGACGCCCAUCAACCGCCUGUCCCUGCUACUCUCUGGCCGGGUUCGUGUGAGCCAGGACGGGCAGUUCCUGCACUACAUCUUUCCUUACCAGUUCAUGGACUCUCCCGAGUGGGAAUCGCUGCGGCCCUCUGAGGAGGGAGUGUUUCAGGUCACUCUGACGGCGGAGACCCCCUGUAGCUACAUCUCCUGGCCGCGGAAGAGCCUCCACCUUCUUCUGACCAAAGAGCGGUACACCUGCCAGCUCUUCUCGGCCCUGCUGGGCUACGACAUCUCCGAGAAGCUCUACGCCCUCAACGACAAGCUCUUCGCCAAGUUCGGGCUGCGCUUUGACAUCCGUCUGCCCAGCCUCUACCACGUGCUGGGGCCCGCGGCCGCCGACGCCGGGCCCGAGGCCGAGAAGGCCCCCGGGGAGCCCCGGGCCCGCGGAGCGCCCCCGCCCGCGCCCCCGCCCGCGCCCCCGCCCCGCGCCGGGGCCAGGCCCGACAGCGGCCUCCUGGGGGAGGACUCCGCCAGUCUGGUGCUGGAGGAUUUUGAGGAGGUGUCGGGAUCAGAAUCGUUCAUGGAUUAUAGGAGUGACGGGGAGUACAUGAGGUGAGGGCCGCCCCCGGGCGCCCCCCGCGGCCUCGCCAGCCCGCCUUCUAGAAGUCCUCUCCACAGUUACUCUCAAGCUAUGUCCAGGAGACAGGCCCCCUUGGCUCCAACCCACACUCCCGGACUUUAAGGAUCCACGGACUAUCUUUUUCUCUGGCCAUACUAAUCCUCACAGGAGGGUCACUGAGUGCACACCCGGUCUUACCCACUGGAAGGCCCACUGGCCAGGUCGGAGCAGACACGGAAGACUCUGGCACUACAGCUACACCAAGGGCCCCAAGCAACUUGUGGAAAUUUACCUUCACCAGCUGUCCUUCCAGGAGAAGGCACCCCAAAGUGCAAAAGCACUGAUUCCAUCCUCCACUAACUGCAGAAUUUUGGGCAAGUUACAUAGGCUCUCUGAGCCUCGCCUGUAAAGUUGGGAUUUAUGAAAACCAUCCCACAGGGUGGUUGUGAGCAUCGAAUGAGCUGACUUAGGUAACACACCUCAGACAUGGUGUGACACUGAGUAGCCACUCAAUAAAUCGCUCAGUUGUUUUUUUUCCCUAUGUGGUUUCUUUGAACUGUCUGAAAGGGUCUCUGAAGUCAACUAGCCAAGAAGUUUGCUUGUUUGUUUUUUCCCAUUUAGAUUCAAUUUAUAGAAGUGGAUAUUUAAAAACCUAGUUUUCCCUUAAGCUUUCAAGUUCAACUUCCAAAUCCCUGGUUCUGUUCAGGACCCUAGCAUUAAACAGUAGUUUUUAGGGGGACUUGAACAAACUCAGUCAAUUAAAUUUCCUUAAAUAUUUUAAA